AUGAUUCAUUUUUUUAAUGUUAUAGUUGGAGCUGAAGAUGAUAGGAUAGAGUUGCUAUUGUCCGAAGUUAAAGGAAAAGAUAUUACCGAAUUAAUUGCUUGUGGAAGAGAGAAGUUGGCUUCAGUUCCUUCUGGUGGUGGUGCUGUUGCAGCUGCCGCUCCUUCCGCUGGUGGCGGCGGCGGUGGUGCUGCUUCUGCUGCUGAGGCCAAGAAAGAGGAGAAGUUCGAGGAGAAAGAAGAAUCCGAUGAUGAUAUGGGUUUCAGCCUCUUUGACUAAGCAGGCAAAGCAAAAUAUCAAUGCUCGAGGGUUCCUCGUACAGUUGCCUGCUUUGUUUGAGU